CCUGGGUCGGUGACGUCGUCGUCGGCAGCACCGCAGUAUCAGCACAGCGAGCACAACACAAACACACACAGGCACCACACCAUCCAAACCACCAUCCAUCUGACAUUAAUGAAAGGAGCCCAGCAGUAAAAUGGCCGGCGCCGCCAGCACCACCACCACCACCACCUCCCUGGACGCGGACGUCAUGCGGGAGGUGCUCGAGUGCCCCAUCUGCCUGGAGACGUACAGCUCGGACCAGCUGAGGCCCAAGCUCCUGCAGUGCGGCCACACGGUGUGCCGCCAGUGCCUGGAGCGGCUGCUGGCCAGCACCAUCAACGGCGUGCGCUGCCCGUUCUGCAGCAAAGUGUCCCGCAUGAGCAACAUCGCCCAGCUGGCCGACAACCUCACCGUGCUCAAGCUCCUGGACUGCACCAGCUCCUGCGGGGCGGCGGCCGCCCUCAUGUGCCGCUCGUGUGGCAGCCGCCUGCCGCACCAGUACUGCCACGACUGCUCCACGGUCUUCUGCGACCCCUGUAAGCUGGAGGGCCACCAGCACCGGGGCCACUCGGUGCAGCCCAUCCGAGCCGCGGCCGAGCAGCGGCGCAAGGAGCUGGGGGCCAAGCUGGCCGCUCUCAGGGAGGCCAUGGGCCAGAUCCAGAAGAAGAAGGUGUUCAUCGACAACGUGUCCAAGUCUCUGAGGGCCAAGUGCCGGGCGGUGCAGCAGGAGUACGCCGACUGCGAGCUGAGCCUCCAGGAGGAGCUGGGCCGCGCGCAGCGGGGCUUCGCCGCCUCCAUGGCGGAGAUCGAGAAGCUGAACCGCCAGGUGCUGGAGGAGCAGACGUACCUGCUGCACAUCGCCGAGGUGCAGGUGGUGUCUCGCUGCGACUACCUGACCAUGCAGGCGAGGCAGAGCGACGUGGCGCUGCUGGAGAACGCGGCGGGUUGCCCCGACGACGCCGAGCUGGACCUGAGGGGCAGCCUGCCCAAGACCCUGAAGCUGCAGGAGCCCCUGCUGCUCAAGGCCGACCGCCAGAGGGCCCUCGAGGUGGCCAAGCUCACGGCCAAGAUGUGCGCCGUCAGCGUGGACGACGAGGACGAGGCGCUGGAGCUCGCCGUGGAGGACGGUCUGGCGGGGCUGGAGGGCGCCACGGGCGGCGAGGCGUCGGACGCCCCGCAGGAGUCGAUGGACCUCUACCGAGACGUCAACAUGGUGGUGGCCGCCGAGGAGGCGGUGUGUGCCUCGCCCGUCAACUUCAAAUCAAAGUCCCUGGACGAGGGAGGAGGGCCCUCGCCCGGCGCGGCCGGGGCCGACGCGGGGCCCCACCUCUGCCAGUUCGUCAAGAGGAUGGGCUGCAAGGGGAACCUGCCGGGAAUGUUCAACCUGCCGGUGAGCAUCUGCGUGUCGUCGCAGGGCGAGGUGCUCGUGGCGGACCGCGGCAACUACCGCGUGCAGAUCUUCAACCGCAAGGGCUUCCAGCGGCAGAUCCAGCGCAACGCCAGCAGCAUCGACAACUUUGUGCUGAGCUUCCUCGGCGCCGACCUGCCCAACCUGGUGCCGCUGUCCAUUGCCGUCAACGCCGCGGGGCUCAUCGGCCUGACCGACAACUACGACAACUCGGUGAAGGUGUACACCAUGGAGGGCCACUGUGUGGCCUGCCACAAGAACCAGCUGAUUAAGCCGUGGGGCAUCACGGCCACGCCCUCGGGCCAGUUCGUGGUGACGGAUGUGGAGGGCGGCAAGCUCUGGAGCCUGGCGGUGGAGCGCAACGGGGGCGUGGUCAGCUACAGCCGCCUGUGCUCGGCGGUGAGGCCCAAGUUCGUGGCGUGCGACGCCGAGGGCACGGUGUACUUCACGCAAGGGCUGGCGCUCAACUUCGAGAAGCGCCACAACGAGCUUCAGCUGGAGGGCGGCUUCUCCAUCGGCUCGGUGAGCAGCGAGGGCCUGCUGGGCAAGCAGCUGAGCCACUUCUUCGCCGAGAACGAGGACUUCCGCUGCAUCACGGGCAUGUGCGUGGACGCCAACGGGGACCUCCUGGUGACGGACAGCGGCCGCAAGGAGAUCCUGCGCUUCCCCAAGGAGGGCGGCUUCCACGUGCUGAUCCGCGAGGGGUUGACCUGCCCGGUGGGCGUGGCAAUCACCCAGAAGGGACAGCUGCUGGUCCUGGACUGCUGGGACCACUGCGUGAAGGUGUACGCGUACGUGCACAAGAGGCGCUCGUCCACCUGCUAGGCUGGGGGCAGUCCGCUUGUUCGGCCGCAGGGGGGGGUCGCGGGAGAGACGAUUGCGGGCUAGGUUUUUGGAAUGUGCACAGCGGUGUUGUGGGAGGAUCGAAGGGAAAAUAAACCACUGACAGUGUACAGAGUCAUAGUAAUGAUAAUAAUAAUGACUGAAAUCCAAACUCACUACUAUUCUCCUGUAUGAUAACACUAUUGACCUAUUGGUACACGAUUCAGCAUGUUUUACCACUCUGGAUCCUCGUAACCUGUGUCCUAAUUAAAUUUCCUGUCGUUUGAAACCUCACCGUACCAAAAUAUACCUAGCAUCAGCCGGUGCAUUUAGAUUAUGGACUGUAAAGCUUUAAUUACAGUUCUGACGCCACUCAAAACACAGCAGGGAUAUUUUAGACUGCGCUGUCGAUCAGUCUAAUAAUAGUGAAAAGAAAAAAGCACAGCCUCUUACGAGGUCGCCAUUGUCGCCUAUAAUUGGUCAGAACUGUCACAUGAGCGGUGACCAUGUGGUGGUUUGCUCCUACACCCCUUAUAAAUAAACACCUUACAUUGGUGGUUGAAGUGGGAACAUUUGUUCACAACAACGGAGCCAACAACCAUAACCACCAGACUUGUUCUGUUUCGUACGUCUAGUUGUGUGUGUAUGAGCUGAAAGGCCUUUUGAUACCUGCUGGUAACUUCUUAGUCAUCUACGUGGGCGCUUGCAGUUAAUCAACAACAUUUUGCAGUUUAGUUUGCAGUGUGGCACACAAGAAAGUGGCAAUAUUCCUAAAUGAAUACAGCAUUGGCUUCGAUUAGCAGUCGGGAGGAACAAUAGUUGGCUAAUUAUUAACACAAAUAUAUUUUAGGUGAAGUUGAAGAAGCAUACAACUCUUAAAAUAUACAACACAUUUUCUGUGAACUUUUUUUUUUCUGUGAAAGGGAGAGUAGAAAGUCAGCUAAUUCUGCACUUUAAUGACAAAAAAUAGCGGACAGCGGCAUAUGUUGUAUGUUUCUUCAAGGGCUUUAUAAAAAUAAAGAAUCAGGUCAGGGAAACACUGAGCGAAGCACAAAAAAAGCUCUAGGAAGAGGCUAUCUGAGGGCAUCUUUGUACCCGGCUUAAUCUGCUCUCUGCAAAGUUUGGAAUGGCUGGCGGCCUGUCUGAGCCCCCAUUCUUCGUCACCCUCGUCUGACUGCUCCGGUGGCCGCUUGAAAGCAAAGUUUUGUGAUCUCGCCGACUUCUCUCCACUUUUCCAAAACCCCCUGGCUUUGCCGAACUCCCCCAGAGGCAUGCUGACAUCGCAAUUGCCAAGACGAAUUCCUGUGUGCACGCAACAGAUGCCAUUCCAACUGCCCCACUCGAUUAUACUCACUCAGACUGUGGCCUCGGUCCCCGUGGGCACAGAGACUGGCUCUUUGUACCAGGCUAUUUCUUACCUGUCCAAAAUGCCCACUUUAUUCUGAACAACCCGGGAGAAGUUUCAAGCCAAGUGCCUGCCUGGGUAGUCACAAUGUUGGCCGACACUUGGCCUGAAAAUGCUGCCAUUAUAUUGCACUUUAGCACCGUACACCUUGGGAACGAAUUAAACAAUCUUGGGAGGGGCCCCCACCACCCAUUUCGGGCUCUUUUUUUUAAUUUAUAUUUAAACUUCCAACCCUCAGGGAGACCUGGAUCCAUACCAAACGAAACCGUUGGUCUGGAGGGGGGGCCCACACAUGCAGACCCCACAAGGUCAAGCUUCUCCUGUUUUAAUGGCCUCCAGACUUCCGUUAUCGGUCAACAAGGAGUCGCGUUCCAUGCCCCGAGGUGGCCGUCUCCGUAUAAAAGAGAGGAGCCAUAGGGGCCCCGCUCCUGUCCUGUCACAUCUCGUCACCCGCAUGAAGGCGGCCGAGCUAGUCCAGCCUGUGGCCCCCUCAGCGACUCGAGCGAUAGCCGUCCUCCAGUCAUGUGACUUCCCGUUUAAAAACAAAACAAAAAAAGACCAUCACCCCCUUAGGGUUUUGUGUUGUGUCCGUCACGGUUGACAGCGGUUUCCUUGCACCAGACCGGUGUAGAGUUGGGUAUCUAACAUGGGUUUUUUGUAUUUGUUACUUUGUAAAGCACAUGGAUUGGUGUCGCCCUCCUCGUAUCUUUCUGAAACUUGGGAACAAAACAAUGACAUUGCUUAUUGGUUAGUUUCCGAGGCUGAGGUAAAUCCACAUAACCAAAGUAGAGAAAAACUAAAGAAAUCCCUCGAGCAUAGCCUUAUUCCACCAUUGCUUUUGUGGUGUUUGUGUGUAACUGUGUAACACCUCUGUGUCCUUUUAACUGUUUGUCAGUUGUAUUCCCAGAUUUGCUUUUAAUGAAAAGCGUGUUUCAGAUAAAAUUACAUUGGUUAGUGUCGUAGUAUACACUCCCAAUGUAUUCAUCAUGUUUGCGUCAAGGUCUGGUAGGUUAAUGAUACCAUAACGAAAUAUCGGCAUUUGUCUCCAUCUGCCUUUCCGUUGAUAUAUUGUACACUGUUCGGUGCACAGCAAGACAAUUAUAGUCGAGGAAAACAAAGCUAACAUUCAGACCUCACAACUUCGGUUUCCUCUUGGUUUUCUUUCUGUUCUAUGUUUCAGUGUGAACUUGUUCAACUGAUUUUCGACAACCACAGAUUUUCAAAGACCGCCGAAAAUACUAAUUGACCUUGGAGUCCCGGGUUCAUCCAUGGGUCAGUUCCAAAUGGAAACCAUUUUUGUCCGUGCAAUGUUAUUAUGGUGCAACUGCAUACAUAUCAAUGACUGGUCAUAGACCGGUAGCACUUCAAUCUCUGCAUAUUAGCUGGGCCUGAACUACUGUUUUACAAUACAGAAAAACUGAAGGGUUCGGUUUUCACUUCAGACUAAUACAAAUAAAGUAAAAUAAAGACUAAUAACAAGAGCCAUUCCUUAAAAAAAGCCAUGCAUUUCAACAUCGUUUACAUGUCACAUAUGUGAUUUUUGCAUGUGAAAACAAAACGACUAGUAACCAAUUAUGUCAACAUCUAACAACAAUACACUAUCAAAGGCAGUCUAAAUGAUUGAACUCUUGCAUGGUGUCAUAACGUGUGUGACCUCAUUGCUUAUUUGUUGGCUAGUGAUGUUUCAUCACCCAAUAAUUUAAAUUUAACGAUAUGUUAUUUAAUUAUAUUCACUACAACUUUGAUAUGGCAAUAACUUUUAUCGACUCUUUACUACAAGCACUCUUUAGAGAUAAUUUCGACCACAGAUGGUUGGGAGGACAGAAGAAACCAUUCAAUAAAAAAAAGUGUCCUUGUUUUCAAUGGUCUUAUCCUCCAAACCGUCACCUUUAAAAUAUAGGUUUCAUUUCCUUGACUACGUCGGGAGUGGAGUUAUUCUGUCGCCCCUCUCCUCCCCGCUCCUUUUAUCUUAAAUGUCUUGGGAUUUAUUUCAGCCUACCCAAGCGUGACAUUACAAUGUCAGCGCUGCGCGUGUCGUUGUGUUAAGCCUUUCAUCGGAGGUUGUAAACCUAACAUUGUGGUUUUAUUGGCAUCUCUGUGAAGCACAAGGCCGUGUGUUGUUUCAUUAUCUCCACCGAGUGUAAUAAAGAUUUAACAAUCAAGUGGUGUGUCACUUGUUUUAUUCAUGGUAUCUGAUACAUAAGUCAAUUACUCGCU